AUGACUGUCACCUACACCUCUCGCGUGGCCACCGCGCGUUUCGGGGGCUUCUCGCAGCUGCUGCUGCUGUGGCGGGGGAGCAUCUACAAACUGCUCUACCGGGAGCUGCUGCUGUUCCUGGCGGCCUACCUGGGGCUCAGCCUGGCCUACAGGUUCCUGCUGUCCGAGUCCCAGCGCCGCCUGUUCGAGAAGCUCGCUCUGUACUGCGACAAAUCGGCCAACCUGAUCCCGGUGUCCUUCGUGCUGGGGUUUUACGUGGCGCUGGUUCUGGAGCGCUGGUGGGGUCAGUUCCGGACGGUGCCGGCCCCGGACGGGCUCAUGGUGGCCGUGGCCGGGAGCGUCCACGGGGCGGACGCGCGGGGGCGGCUCCUGCGCCGGACUCUGCUGCGCUACGGGAGCCUGGCGGCGCUGCUGGUGCUGCGGGCCGUCAGCACACCUGUGUACAAGAGAUUCCCCACCACUGACCACCUGGUGCAGGCAGGGUUCCUGACCCGCGAGGAGCGCCGCCGGCUCGAGGGGCUGCGCUCGCCCUACAACAAAUUCUGGGUGCCCUGCGCCUGGUUCGGGGCUCUGGCGGGGCAGGCGCGGCGAGAGGGGCGAGUGCGGGACGACUGCGCCCUCAAACUGCUCAUGGAGGAGCUGAACCGGUUCCGGGCCCACUGCAGCCUCCUGUUCCACUACGACUGGAUCAGUGUCCCACUGGUGUACACGCAGGUGGUGACCAUCGCCGUGUACACCUUCUUCCUCACCUGCCUGAUCGGGCGGCAGUUCCUGGACCCCGCCCAGGGCUACGCGGGCCACGAGCUGGACCUGGGCGUGCCCGUGUUCACCUUGCUGCAGUUCUUCUUCUACGUGGGCUGGCUCAAGGUGGCCGAGCAGCUCAUUAACCCCUUCGGGGAGGAUGAUGAUGAUUUCGAGACCAACACCCUCAUCGACCGCAACUUCCAGGUGUCCAUGCUGGCCGUGGAUGAGCUCUACGGGCAGGUGCCGGCUCUGGAGCGGGAUCGUUACUGGGACGCCGCCUCCCCCCAGGCUCCGUACACGGCGGCGGCCGCGCCCCCUCGCCAGCCCACCUUCCAGGGCUCGGCCUUCGACGUCACCCUGGCCAAGGAGGAGAUGCAGUUCCAGCCCCUGGAGGACAUCGGGGACCCUUUGGGGGACCCCCUGGACCCCCCGAUCCCCCCCGGCUCCCGGCGCCCGUCCCGCAGGAGCGGCUCCGAGGGGGGGGGGGGCGGCGGCCCCGAGCCCCCCCCGGCAUUCGGGGACCCCCAGGAGCGGUGGCUGCUGCACCCCAGCGCCGAGCACGCGGUCUAG